AUGUUUUCUAAGAAGGAAAACGCUCAGGUUCGUCCGGCACUGCCUGACGAUGGGCACCUUACCCGGGCUUCCUUUGCCCAUUUGGACGAGAAGGCCAUUCUACGGAAGAUGGAUUUGAGGUUGAUUCCCAUGCUGGCAUUGCUAUAUCUCCUCUCCUUUUUGGAUAGAGGUAAUAUCGGUAAUGCGAGGAUUGAGGGGUUGGUGGAUGACCUAGGAAUGACUGGACCAGAGUACAACUGGACUUUGACAAUCUUCUUCUUCUCAUACUGCUUUUUCGAGGUCCCGUCGAAUCUUGUGUUGAAGAAAUUGAGGCCAAGUGUCUGGUUGCCCUGCAUCAUGGUGGCCUGGGGUCUCGUUAUGACGCUCAUGGGCAUUGUCAAGAACUACAAGGGUCUUUUAAUUGCUAGAUUCUUCUUGGGCGUUGCGGAAGCUGGGUUGUUUCCCGGUGUAGCUUAUUACAUUACUAUGUGGUAUUGUCGACAUGAAGCACAGUGGAGGCAGGCUCUGUUCUUCAGUGCUGCCAGCGUUGCCGGUGCAUUUUCGGGGCUUUUGGCAUUCGGAAUUGCAAAGAUGGAUGGUGUUGGAGGUCUCGAGGGCUGGAGGUGGAUCUUCAUCCUCGAAGGGCUUCUCACAGUUGUCGUCGCAUUCGCAGCCUUCUACUUCCUUUACGAUUUCCCAGAAACCGCUUCAUUCUUGACGGAGGAGGAGAGGAAGUUCGUUGUUUGGCGUCUACGGUACCAAGGCUCCGUUGAUGUGAGGGAAUCAGCAGCUGUCGUCACAGACGAGAAGGUUGAAACAGCAAUGGUUGAGGAUAUCCGCUCAAACACGAAGAAUGCGCCUGCUGUUGCAGAGGUAGAGGAGUUUGAAUGGAAGUAUGUCCUGGACGCUUUCAGCGAUUGGCAGAUUUGGGUCAACAUUUUUGUUUAUUGGGGAAUUGUUUGUCCUCUGUACGGUAUCAGCUUGUUUCUUCCCAGCAUCAUCAAGAACUUAGGCUAUUCGUCUUCCAAGGCUCAACUACUCACUGUUCCCAUCUACAUCACCGCGUCGAUUCUUUCCGUCAUCACAGCUUGGGUCAGUGACAAGAGGGGGAUCAGAUCGCCUUUCGUGUUUGGGGGACUAUGUCUUACAGCCAUUGGGUUUAUCAUCGCCAUCUCCGCACCACCAAGUGUACCAGGACUAGUCUACGCGGGUGUUUUUAUCGCCACUUGCGGUAUCUACCCAGCAUUCCCCGGAAAUAUCACUUGGCUAUCAAACAAUUUGUCCGGCUCCCUGAAACGAUCUGCCGGAAUGGCGAUUCAGAUCGCAGUUGGAAACCUUGGUGGCGCCAUGGCGUCAAAUUUCUACAGGAGCAAUGACGCGCCUAGGUACACCCUGGGACAUGCGUUGGAGCUUGGAUUUAUCGGGGCCGGUUUGAUUGCUGUGGGCAUCUUGUUCUUUGGAUACAAGAGGAUCAACGCCAAGCGGGAACGAAUUGGUGAUGAUCAUGGGCUGACCGUCCAGGAGAUGGCUAGACUGGGAGACAAGUCACCCGGAUUUAGAUAUGUGCUGUGA